AUGUGGGGUGCCGCCACCUCAAGGGAGAGCAAGGGAGAGUCCCCGCGGCGACAGCUGAAGCAGCGAAGAUCAGCGACUGGCCGAAUAGAUAGCGAGUGAGAGAGAGAGAGAGAGAGAUGAUAUAAACGUGAAAAUUAUUCCUUGCUUUAUUCGCGUGUUGUGCACGGAUGAUGAUGCGGGGUAAUUCUACCAUUUUUUUAAGUAAAACGAAAAUAAAUUAGCCUUUCUACGGUUACUAAUAAAAAUUAGUAUCCAAUAAAAUAAUGUCUUCUAUAACAAUUAGUAUUUAAGCAUAAUCUCACCUCUCACCUUCAGCCGUCUCUCUCUCGCUCUCGCACUCUCUCUCUCUCUCUCUCUCUCUCGCUCGCUCGCUCUCGCUCUCACUUUCGCUCUCGUUCUCUCUCUCUCUCUCUUACUCUCUCACCCUCCACGCGCCCUCUUCGUCGCGCCGGCGGCCUCUCAGGCAGCAAAGAGAAAUUCACGGAGGGGUGUUGUCCGUACUUACUGGGAAUAUACUAUUGUCCUUUUUGCUGCAGCAUAUAGUAGGUGAUUUUCUGACGAAAAAGGAACAAUUACAUGUUGUAAAGCCUUACGCAACCAUAUACGAUGUUGACCAAACGUUGUCAUGCAUUUAAAAUUUUAAAUCUAGUUAUCUUCUUCAGCUAAUGAUUAUGUAUGCACAACAGCUUUGGAGAGGCUUGUAGACAACAGAGUGACUGGAUUCCCUGUUAUUGAUGAUUGCUGGAAACUGGUGUGUACUGUUGUUUCUUAUCUAUUUUUAAACUCCUCCUUUCCUUUCUCACUGAUUUUUAAUUGUUGUUCGUUAUUGACAACUUAACAUAUCCAUGAUCCUUUGUAGACCUUCUGGCGUUGUUACUGGGAUCUUUUUGGAGAGAAAGUACCCCAAGUAUUGCCUUGUUAUCUGUGAUGCCAUACAUAGUCUGGUUCAAAACUGUAGAAGACUCCAAGGAUCAUAAUACAAGUCUACUUCUAUGGUAACUUCAGUUGAAUCAUUUUUCUCUACUCAGUCUCUCUCAUAUGAGUGGGUGGGUCUGGGUUUCUAACUCCCUGGUCUGCAUAGUGAUCAGUGAGUGGCGUUAGCAACCCAAUUCACGGGUCAAACCUAGAACAAUCAGAUGCCCUAAAUGUUGAGGCAAUGUGUUCAGUCAUUAUUGUCAAUGAAAGAUAAAUGUUGGACAUUUGAAACAAACUAGCAACUAUAGGAGGUGGCAAUUGCUGCUACCAUGAGUGUUAAUUUAGUUUGGGGGGGAAAAGGAUAGCCUAUAUGAUUGGAAUUCGUGAUUAUCCAGGUCUCCAAAGUUAAACUCUCUUCUGUGCUACUAUAAUUCCACCAAUCUCUUAAUACUUUGUUGAGCCCUCUUGACGUAAAGUAUAGACUAGGAAAGUAUCGAAUCCUUGAUAUUUAAAAUGCCCUCGACAUUAUGCAAGAUCUUAUGCAGAUAUGUGACGAUGAAUGGGUGUAUAAUGGUAUACACUGCUUGAAGGGGUAGAAUGACAUCAUCAUAAAUAAGCGUUUAAAAAAAACGCUUAAUUUCCAAUAGUUCGAUAUUUUUUCUUAGAAAUAGGUCAAGAUCUUAAAGCUGGCUCUUUGGUACUGCACUUUUUCUGUGAGAUAUAGUUCGAUCGAAAUAUGUCCUGAUUUUCUCUCGUACUUUAGAUAAAAUAUUGAGUUUAAGAUCUGGGUUUGUGACUCUCAUUUGGCAAGCUAUUAUUUCCACAGGAUCCCUGUGUAAUGUCUUAGUUACUGAAAUUCUUGUUCUUCCUUCUGGCGCUACCAGAGAUCAUUUCUUCUUUUGGUUAGUCAACUGAUGCCUCUUAUGGAGUUUUAUGUUAGCUAGAUAUUUUUCUCUGAUGACGAACAAACUCAUCAGUCACUUGAAUCCCUUUCUGUCCUCAGGUUGGUGUUAGUCUAAGACUAUGAUUUACUAGCUCUGGACUCCAUAUCAGGUACCUCAUGGGAGAUCACUAUCUGAGCAAUUGUUUUUUCUUGUAGUUUUAAAUUCUUGGCGCUAUCCAUUCAGAUUCUGCUGUGCUAGACGUUUGCAUUCAUGGUGCGAAAAAAAAUAUUGUCCCUUGUGUCUUGAUCCUUUUCCUGGAAAGAAUUUUUUUUACCUUUGGCUAUUAGGAAGAUCUUUGAUAACAGACUUUAGUCGCAGUGCUCUCUACAAUCUCUGAGAAUCUCUACAAAUCAUGCGGCAGUUGACAGUUUUGCCUCCCCAGUGCCCCAUUCCAAGUGCCAUGAGGUUUUUCUGCUGUCAGCUUCAUUCUUCUUCCACAUUAGGGAAUUGCCUUGACCUUGUUAACCUAGAAUUAAGUUCAUAGACAAUUAGAACGUCAAAUUUCUCUCAUAGAACAUGAAUGCCUGUUGAUUAUUUCUUUUGAACAGUUGUGUGCCAUUGGAUUUUUACUGUUUGGGAUUUAUUUUUUGAAUUCAUCUAAAUGACAAGCUAUAUGCUUUAGUCGCAUUGUGACCAAGAACUUCAGCUGGUAUGGUCAUUAGUGAGAAGUACAUGUUGGUGAUUAUUCAUACAUCUGCCAUUUCGCUUUAUUUUUCUUUAUGCAAUGGAUCUGCAUGAAAGAACACGAUCUUCAUGGAAAAAGGACAUACUUUUUUGAAGGUCUUGCAAUCUGCUAUAUAAUUUUGAUUUUUAUUAUUAUUAUUAUUAUUAUUAUUAUUAUUAUUAUUAUUAUUAUUAUUUCUGAGAAGGUAGUCGAGGGAAGGAUACAAAUUUUUGUUUCCCGAGGUUGAUAGCACUUGGAAAGUAUGUAUGCCCAUUCGUAUUUCUAAGUUGAUUAUCUUCGUUCAUACUUCCUACCAAUUUUAUUACUACUGUGGCAUCUUCACAUAUGAUUAAUAUUUUCCUUUUAGGGCUAGUUCAUUCAUUCAUCCAUAAUUAACAUUCUAGUGGCUCCUAUUGGUAUAUAUAUUUGCCUAGAUCAGUCUCUCGUUGCUGCUAGUACGAUAAAAAUAUUAACUUUUGCAGAAUGGGCAUGGUAAUAGUUCAGUGUCACGUGUGGCAUGCAUACUUUAUUCUGAGAUCAGAAAAGAGAAGCAGGGUUCUAUUAAACCAUUGUAAUCUUAGAAUCUUUGGGUAUUUGAAACAGCAAGCAGAUGACCGUCUAACAUCGCUGCAAGAACUGACUCUUCGUCGAGUUGAUGUGGGGAAUUACAGCUUCUCUUUCUUCUGUUUCGACUAUUAAGCCACAGAAGGUGACCCCUAGUUUCGCCCUCUGGAGAAAGCCGAAUAAGCGAGAAACGGAGAUGAGAUUAAUGAGCGGAUUUGGGUUACCACUUGGGAAGCAUCGUAAGUAAACUUUAUUAAGCAAGUUGGUGAAUGCAUUGGAUUAGAUUAAUUGGUAAUAAUAUUCAUUGCAGUUAAUGAAAUCAGCAGUUUUGAUCCUUGAAACUGAGAUAGCAUGAAGAUAAAACAUAUUUCUAUAUAUAUAUUUCAUGAAGAUAAAAACAUAAAGUUCAAUUUGCUAUAUUUUGCAUAGGAAAAAUAUAAUCAGUGCUGUUAUCCAAAUCGGUACUCAUGACUGGCGCCUUCUCUAUAGUGGUUUGGUUCCAUUUUGAAAUCAUUUAUCCAAUCCUUUCCCCGUCUCUGCUAGUCGCUGCAAUCGAUCUGGUUAGUGAUCCCCCCGAGAUCCCCUUGCUUUUCCCUCUUUCAGACGUUUAGUAAGAUUCAGAGGUUGCUGACCAAGACCAACGGCUAGGUCGUCGGGGAUCUGAUGACGCCCGCACCUCUCGUCGUCCGCGAGACCACGAAUCUCAAAGACGCCGCGAGGUCGUCUACUCCCUUGCCGCGCUCCUCCCCUUGGGGCGGGGGCUCCAGGUAGGUCGAUGCUGCUUCCGAGCGCAGGAGGCCCUAAUUUCGCGCGAUUUCUCUCUCUCGUCCCUGCGUAGGCUGCUGCUCGAGACCCCCGUGGUGGACGGGACUGGCUACCUGGUGCGUCCCCCCCACUCACUCCGCCGCUGGUUCUGUCCGCCGCUCUGCUCUGACGGCUCGUGUUGGCUGCGUAGGUUAGGAUAAUCACGCGGGGGAACGUCAUCGUGGCUCUUAACAUGAAGCGAAAGGCGGAGAUAGUCUCGGUUUUGAGACUCGAGGCUCGAGCAGGGUUCUUCAGCACCUUGUAUCGGACCUUUGCUGGUUUUAAUGCAAUCGGUCGACCCGGAGAGCGUCUCGGUCUGGCCAGCUUUGUUUGGUAUUUGAAAGUUCGGACCGAUGGGCUGACUCGCCCGACUCUAAUGGAACCCGAUCUGAUUCGGGCUACUGAGACCAUAUGA